AUGGCCGGCUGUUUCAAAGCUCUCGGUUUCUGGAAGAAAAAGAGCAAAGGGGCCUCGGCUGCCGUUCCCGAAGAAAAGCGCCGACACGCUGAAAUCAAAAUCCUCAGCCCCAACCCCGAGAAGCCACCGGUCGAGGUGGGGCAUGUUCACAACACCCUCCCGCCCGGAGGCGUGCCGGUUCGUCCCCAUGUCAACCCGGAGUACUCGGCCUACUCCACCCCGGUAGAUACCACAUGGGCUGACUCCACGACCUCAACAAAGGCACCGGGCUCCGUCGAUGAUCCCGCGGAUUCUGAUGCUGUCGCCCGCCGAAAGAAGGCCGAGCAGGAGGAACAGGAGCGGUUGGAUUUCUUUCAGAUGAUGUGA